GAGGAGGGCAGUCCGGCGGCGGCUGGCCGCCAGGGCGCCGCCGGGUCGCCGGGCGAGGGGGAGGCAAGCCGCGAGGCCAGCGAGGCCCACUCCCGACGGCUGCCGCGGCUGCUCAGCCGCCGCAGCAGCGGGGCGGCGAGCCCGAGCGCCGCGAGGGUGAAGACCCCGGACAGCGGCAGGCGGAGCACGGCCUCGAGGGUGUGCCACCGGUCGGCCAGCAGGGAGGCCGAGCUGGACGGGGACCCGGUCCUGACCGCCGCGGAUCCGGAGCUCAUGCGCGGGAUGCCGGCCGGCUUCGCGCUGCGUUCGCGGCGGCUCUGGGGUGCGAGCGCGGGCGGCGAGGAGACGUUCGCGCUGUCCAGGCCCGUCAUGGUCAUCGACGCCUUCCUCUCGCACGAGUGGAUGACCCCCGGGUGGCUGAAGAUGGCGGGCCUCGCGUUCUACCUGAACACGCCCCGCGCCGUGGCCGCGGCGGUCCUCGUCCACGCGGUGCUGCAUGCCCUGGAGCUCGCCGGCGCCUACACUUUCCCGAUACCGCCGGUGCACGGGGAUACCAGGACUCGAGGAGAUGUUCGACGGAAGCGAGGUGGUCCCAAGCAUGCGUCUGCAGAUGCACUGCGCCCUGCCGAUGCUGGUGUUCUUCCUCGUCCUCCGGUACGGGCAGGAGCUCCCGUGGGGGACGCGCUACUGCUUCCUGGACAAGACCUGCAUACACCAGACUGA